AUGGAUGACUUAACGCCCGCGCAUAUAGCCGCAAAAAAGGGAUGUUACGAUAUUUUUCGCACUCUCGUGGAAAAGGGAGCUAACCUUGUCAAUGCGUGUACUAGUGGGUUAACGCCUUUACAUUACGCAACAGUGAGCGGGGACACGAGAAUAAUUGAAUUACUUUUAGAAAAAAGUGUUGGAAUACAUUCUAAAGCAAUCCAAGGGCUCACGCCUUUGUACAUGGCUGUUCAAAAGGGCAAUACAUAUGCUGCUGCUUUGCUGAUUGAUAGCAAUGCCUAUUCAGAUAAUUUAGCACUUACCGCCGCAAUUUCUGGAAAUCACUUUGACAUUGUUAAACUUCUACUGGAUAAAACAACUGGAAAAAAUGACCUUGAUGAUGAAAUACUCACAGCUGUAGAAUCUGGUAAUAGCAAAAUAUUAGAACUUUUGAUCGAAAAAGGUGCUGAUGUCAGUGCAGAAAUAUAUGACAUCUCGCCGCUAAUGUUGGCAGUAGCAGAAGGGAAGAAGGAAAUAGUCGAAUAUUUACUUGAAAGGGGAGCUCUUAUUGAAUGUCAAGGGGACGCACUUGUCCUAGCAGUUAUUCAGGGCCACAAAGAUAUUGUGAAAACUUUGAUAAAACACGGUUAUAAUGUUAACUCUAAAUCGGACGGCAUUUAUAAUGCAUUACAUUCAGCCUCUGAAACCGGUGACACAGAGAUAGUUAACUUUUUGAUAGACAAUGGGGCUGAUGUCAACGCUCUGUCUAGCGACAAUGAAACGCCAUUGAUGUUAGCUGCAGUAGAAGGACACGAUGACGUUGCUGAAAUUUUAAUAUCAAAAGGCGGUAUUGUGAAUUCAAAGUCUGCUGAUGGUUUUACUCCAUUACAUUCGGCAGCUGAAUUUGGACAUGACAAUGUGGCGAGGGUUCUGCUUCGAAAUCAUGCCGAUAUUUUCAGCCGAGACAGCGAGCGUCGUACAGCUUUAGAAAUAGCCGUUCAAAGGGGUCACGUUGGUGUGGUAAAGAGUAUUUUAAAUCACAACGACAGUGCAGUAAACAUUAAAACUGACUUGAGCGGUACUCUAUUGCAUGUCGCUUCCGCUAGCGGCGCAGUGUACAAUGUUAAAGAUGACAAUGGUAAAACACCACUAAAUUAUUCUGUGGAUAGAUGCAUAAUAGAUUUAUUUGAAAAAGUGAACAAUGCAUUUAAUAGCAUUGAAGAUGGUACCGCCAAAAUCAUUGAUGUGUUAAGUACAAUAGGGGAUUCAUCUACAGUUAAAGCAAUCAUGUGCGCUAGAAACUCUGAAAACGAAACACUCCUUGUUUUUGCCGUGAAGAAUAGGUUUAAGAACGUUCAGCAGUUGAAGGAAAUAGUCCACAGUGAUACGCCUUCUCAGUUUAAUGAAGCAGAGCUGUUAAGCCUUCAGGGAGACUACAAAGCGGCUUUUAGCACCCUCGAAAAUUUACUCAAAAAGCGAAAAGAAAUUCUGGGACAAAGUGAUUAUUGCGACUUUGACAUUCGAUUGCGCAUGAUUGAAGUACUUGUCAUGCAAGAAAAUUACCAGAAAUCUUUAUGUAUGGCCAAGGAGUUACUCGAAAAGCAAGUGACAGUCUGGAGUGCAACUGAUGAAGACGUUCUCGAAACUAAACGUUGGAUUGCUCUAAUGUUGCAUAAACUGGAGCGAAACGAAGAGUCCUUAAAAAACUAUGAAGAAGUUCAUAGAGCUCAAGAGAAAAUAUUCCAUCCUCAUCAUUCAGCUAUCUUACGUACUGAACUCGAAAUGGCGUUGCCUUUGAACGCACUUGGAAGGCACGAAGAAGCACUUGAUGGGAUAAAAUCUUUCGAGUUCAUGCAUGGUAUAGAGGGGAGUUAUGACGCCGAAGCUUUGUUCCAUCUUCAACAAGACAUUCAUAGUGCUGCAAACAGAGGGGAUGUAGAAACUGUCCAAUUAUUAUUAAGCAGCGGCACCAGAGUCGACGUGCAAGAUGUGGAUGGCAAGACGCCUUUACAUUUUGCCGUUUGCGGCGGACACAUCAACGUUUUAAACAUAUUAUUAAAACACGGAGCUGAUGCAACCGACACAACCUAUAAAAACUACACAGCUUUGCACUUUGCGAUUGCCAAACGGUACAGUGAACUUGUUGAUAUUCUGCUGCAGAGCGUUAGCAGUUCCAAAUUAGUAGACUUCCUCAAUGUGCAAACACUGAACGAUGGUAAGACUGCCCUCCACGUUGCUGCUAAAAAUGGCGAUCUGGAAAUCGUCAGGAAGUUGCUCGCACACGGUGCUACGUACAACUUCAAAACUAUGGAUGGGAACACGCCAUUAAACCUUUGUGAAAAUAAAGCCACAUCAAAGCUAUUGAAAUUGCUGGAUGAGUUAUUUGACGACGCGAAGCGUGGCAACUCAAAUAUAAUUAUGAAGUUGAAAAAGUUGUCUUCGGAAGACUUUAAAGCAGUUACAAAUGCUCAAUCAAAUGUUACAUUGUUUGGAGCCUUCAGUUGCUUCAUGGAAAAGGUGGUUUCAAAAAUCUAA